AUGGGAGGAGUUCGUUUUUUAUCCAUUGAAUUUAAAACCUUCGAAUUCAUUCUUGAAGGAGGAGGGGUUCACAGUAUACGUAUAAAUGAGUUGGGAAGGGGUUUUGUUCACUCAGUGGUUAUGGGGAGAGGAUGUGCCAUUAGAGUGGCUGGUGCCAUUGAAGACCUCAUCUCUAAACCAUACAUUGAGUCUUUCGCCAGAACUUUUCGGGUGGGUGAUGCUGUUAUUUUCUUGCAACGCUGCUCUAACCGGAAAGGCAGGUUUAUUUCUAUUCAGGAAAUCCAUAGAGGAGGACGCAAGGGUGCUAUUAUUAUUCCAGAGGGGAGAAAUGGUGUUGGUUGGCGUGGGUUUGGGGUGGAGUUACGCCGGCAUUGUGUCCCUGAGGUCAAGCAUGGUGUUCUGAGGACUUAUCCUGUUCCGGCGAAUCAGCAGAAAAAUGAAGCCGGAAAAGUUUUGUAUGCUGAGGCGGCGUCUUCCACCGCCUUACCGGCCGGCGAUGCUAAAGGAAAGCAGGCGGUUAUUAAUUUGGGGGACAGUACAGAGAUCGUGCAGGAUUUUCAGCCGAAAAUGGAAAAGAUUUCGCUCAAUAUGGCAACCUGUAAUUCUGACAGUACGGGGACAGAGACGGGGAGGUUACAAUUUUGUUUGAAUAUCCAAAUUGUGCGUGGGCUGGAUGGGGCUUGGGGGGUUAAGCAAGCUAAUAUUUGUGGACACAAGCAAGGCCCAGAGUUCCCUUGUGGGCCUAAUCCUCGAAUUGACUUGAAGCCCAAUAGAUCACGCCCUCGUAUGAGAUUUCAUAAGCCCAAAGCAAAAUUUGUCUGGAGGCCUAAAGCAGUCUCAAAGGCUAAAUCAAUUCAGAAUCAAUUUGGCCCUAAACCCAUAGCACCGUUUCAAAGCUCUCUGGAGGGAUCUGUGUUGAACCCACUGUCAAGUGCUCCAGCGAAGGUCUCGACCCCUACGAACGGUCCAAAGCCGGCGUUGACUGCGGAUAUGGAAGCCACAGGUUUGGUCCCUUAUCCCGGCGAGUGCGUGACGCGAGCGUGGGGAUCGUCUUCGGACUGGGUUCUGGAGUUGCGUGAUGGGCGACGACUGUCCAUCCCGUUUCCACUACUACAUCCUGGAGAGGAUGAAUUUGUCUACGAGAGUUGCAAACCUCUGCCAUCAUCACAAGGAUCCAUUGAAGGAUCGUUUACUUUUGUCCCAGGAAGAUUGGCAGAUCCGAAAGGAGGUUCCUUUGAGGUUGAAGUAGCACGAUUCCAGCUGCAGUUACCAGACUAUAUUUACUGA